GGAACAUAUAAUAAUUAAAUCGUCGAGUAAUAGACGUUCACCGGAAAGAAGGACCUAUGCGCAGAGAGUUGCGCGAGUGGUUGCCAACAACAACAAAAUAAUAAUUUUUUUACGAAUAGAGGUUUACCAAAAAUUCUCAAACAAAUCUAUCACUACAGUUUAAAGUUAGUUAAACAAGGAAAGCUACAGAAUGCCGGCCGGGAAUCCAGAUGAGCCCUACUACUGCUCCCAGCAGAUCAACAUUCCUCCAGCUUUACCAGACAUCCUUAAACAGUUUACUAAAGCUGCCAUCAGAACGCAGCCCACAGAUGUCUUAGGAUGGUCAGCAGCAUAUUUCAAGGCAAUGAGUAAAGGAGAGACUCCCCCGGUGAAGGAGAGAUUGGAGAUGCCAGUAGCCACACAGAAAACCGACACAGGUCUUACUCCUGGUCUUCUUAGGGUGCUCAACAAACAGCUUGGACCAAAGAAAACUGUUCAACUCAGAUUGAUCGAGGAGAAAUGGAUGGACCUGGCUUUACCAAAAGAACAGUUUGAUGACUUGGUUAGAAUUGGAAGUUUUGGUGGUGAAAUUGAGUGGAACAAAUUUUUUGCACUGGCAUGUUCUGCUGUAGCAGAGAAUAUCACAGCGGCUAUGAAGACAGUAUGCGAGAUUUUAACGGCAGAUCCCGAGGGUGGCGCAGCAAGAAUACCUUUCCAAUUGUUUAAAGAUAUUUACACUUACCUUGCACAGAUAGAUGGAGAAAUCUCACAAACACAGAUUAAUGAAGUCUUUACAUAUUUACAAUAUGAUGUGGAUAAACAAGACAAGUAUGUGUUGCCUAGAAACUUUUUGAGCCCAGAGUGUCCUAAAAUGGGGUCAUGAAUUACUGCAUUUUGUGAUAGACAUUGAAAUGUUUCAUAUGUUAAUUAAUGAUUUCUAAUGUUGAAUGUUUGUUACAUGCUGUUAUCUAAUAGGCAGUUUGAUUGAUUGAUGGAUUUAAAUUAUUUGAACAAUUCACUAAAAAACUUUAGACAUUUGAGACCUACUAGAAAUGACCAAUUAUUGUUACUUGUAUGUGGUUAACGAUAUUUGGUUGGUAGAAAAUUUCGAAUAAAGUUUAAAAUAUUUGUUUAAAAGAUUAUGUUUUUUAUCUGCAAGCAAAACGUUUUGCAAAAAAUAUUUACAGAAAGACUUGAAGGAAUUACAGAGAUAAAUGUAUGAUAAUUGUGAUUUUUAUGGAGUUUGAAUCAAAUAUGUAAGAAUAUAGAUAAUUCUUGUGCAAGCUUUUACUCUCUGAUAAUGUAAGCAUUAUAUGUAUCUUUUCAUCGAUGAAAUAAAAUAUAUUCUUUCA